UGAGUUCUCGUACGGAUUCUCCCAUGCCUGCCUCGACCUCCCAAGCGCGCACACGGUGUGUCGUCGUCGUUGCACACAGGGUUCCAGACUUGACAUAGAACAAUAGUGACAAUUACGGUGAAGAUGGCCCGAUUGAUUGGACAGAUCUGCGAAGAGGGGGGCGCAAGGCAGCCAAGUAUGAGGCAGACGCCCUCGGACCCUUUGACCCUCUUUAAGUCUCUUUGUGAGGAGGGGGGGUUUAAAAGGCCGCAUGCAACGAUGAGCUGGCAGUGCCGCCGGUUGAUAUUAAGCAAACACACGCAGCGAACGGUUCGUCGAAGCUGCCCCAAGGUGCCAUGUACAAGUACUCGUGCUCGGUGGCUUGCACACUUGUGUCCCGGCUUCUGUGCAAUAGUACUGGGACAGCGACACCCUCAGUCAUCCUCACAUGCGCGGAGGCCCGAGCGCUGACGCAGAGCUCUUGUAAGUAGUAUACCAUUGGGAAUUGUGGGCGAGGAUGGAUGACAGGAAGCCCGCUGCGUGCCCGGUAGAGGUAGCACCGAUUGUAUGUACGAGUAUGUACGAAGC